UUUACAUCACCCUGACAAAGUCUUUAAAUUCAACGUCAUUUCCGAUCAUUACUCCGUCUCCGAUCACGAAAAUCUACGGCACUUUUUCCAAACCUCACCGAAACGCCCUUGGCCGAGUUUUGACCCUCUCUACUACCGACUCACCCCGAGUGAGUCCGCGGACCUCCGACGGCCGAUUCUCCAAACCGACCUUAGUUGUCUGCAGCGAUUACGAUUUAACGAACCCUAGCCGUUUUUACAUCUCUCUAAUUUGAUCAAGUUUGGUUAGGUCAAAGCCGGAGAGUACAAAUGGAUCGGGCCGCGAUAGCAGUCGGGCCCGGUACAGACAUGCCGAUUAUGCACGAUAGCGAUCGAUACGAUUUAGUCCGAGAUAUCGGGUCUGGUAGUUUCGGGGUCGCCAGGCUGAUGAGAGACAAGCAAACCAAGGAGCUCGUCGCCGUCAAGUACAUCGAGCGGGGAGAUAAGAUAGAUGAAAAUGUUCGGAGAGAAAUCAUUAAUCACAGGUCUCUGAGGCACCCCAACAUUGUUCAGUUUAAAGAGGUGAUUUUAACCCCAACUCAUCUGGCAAUUGUUAUGGAAUAUGCAUCUGGUGGAGAGCUUUUUGAUCGAAUAUGCAGUGCAGGACGUUUUAGUGAGGAUGAGGCACGCUUUUUCUUUCAACAACUUAUAUCUGGAGUUAGCUACUGCCAUGCAAUGGUAUUGGAACUUUUUUUUUUUUUUGUUUUGUUUUGUUUUGUUUUUUUUUUUUUUUCUGCAUGGAAACUUGAGAGUGAAGAAUACUUAAUAUUCUGUUUCUUGAUGAAGCAAGUAUGUCACCGGGACUUGACACUGGAAAACACUCUGUUGGAUGGAAGCCCAGCUCCUCGGUUGAAGAUAUGUGAUUUUGGGUAUUCCAAGUCUUCUGUGUAUCAUUCACAACCAAAGUCAACCGUGGGAACUCCUGCUUACAUUGCUCCGGAAGUACUGCUAAGGAAAGAGUAUGAUGGCAAGAUUGCCGAUGUAUGGUCAUGUGGGGUGACCUUAUACGUGAUGCUGGUGGGAGCAUAUCCUUUUGAGGAUCCUGAUAAACCAAAGGAUUUCUGCAAGACUAUCCAAAGAGUUCUAAGUCUCCAGUAUUCCAUUCCAGACUCUGUUCAAAUAUCUCUCGAGUGUCGCAACCUCAUCUCAAGAAUUUUUGUUUCAGAUCCUGUAGCGAGGAUCACCAUUACUGAAAUCAAGAACCAUGAGUGGUUUUUGAAGAAUCUCCCGGCAGACUUGAUGGAUGAAAGGACAAUGGGCAACCAGUUUCAAGAAGCCGACCAACCGAUGCAGAGCAUUGAUGUGAUCAUGCAUUUAAUUGCUGAGGCAACCAUACCUGCAGUUGGGACUCGUAAUCUCGACCAGUAUUUGAUAGACAACCCGGAUCUGGAUGAUGACAUGGUUUAUCCGGAGUCCGACUCGGGGUCCAACUCUGAGCUUGAUAUCGACAGCAGUGGGGAGAUAGUCUACGCACUGUGAACUCAAGUGCUGUGAGCUUGGUAUAGACAGCACGCACUUGGAGUCCGAUUCCUCGGUCUGCAACAUAGUGUUAGUAGUGCUAGGAAAUUAAUGUCCCUUGAAGUACAUAAUAUUAUUGGACUGGAUGAUGUUGUAAAAGCUCGUCCUCCUCCCUUACCCGUUGAACUCUUGUUUGUUUCUUAUUUUCUCAUUAUGCUUUAUAUUUUUCGUUGUGUUUUGGCUUUGAGUAGAUGAAUGUAGUUCUUCCCGUACAAUUUCCAUUCGGAUUUGGCUGUUUGGGUAUUUUCAUUUCUUGUAUAAUUACUCACGAGAGAAAAAGGCUCACCUUGAGCCUUGCAAUGAUCCUCCUGAUCUGGGUGCUUUUUCUCGUGCUCUGGUUCUCUCUCCUGCAAUGGGGACAAAUAAAAUCAGAGGAAGAAAUUCCAGAUU